AUGGCGGAGACAGAGAAAGAGGCGGUGUAUUUCUUCGUAAACGGUGGUGACGAAGAUAAUGACUUAGAACUAGAAUUGGAUAUAGAAGAGAAUGGUUAUCAUGACUACGAUGAAGAUGCUUGUGAUAAGUUUGAUGAUAGACUUUCACAGUCGUCGUCUUUCGCUUCUCAGAAAUGGCCUCAGAGUGUCAGGGAGACAACAGAUAUCUACACAAUUGCUGCAUCGCCAAGUUUUGGAGCCCUUGGGUCUGCACCAAGUACUAAUUAUCCAGUUUGUGAUAUUGGGACCCAAAGUAACUUGGAUCUGGAUGCGAAGACUCCAUUGCUGCCCGACUAUGAAAAAAAAAAUCUACAAGAUGACCUUGAUUGGGUCUCAAGAACGCAGUCAUCAUGGUCAGAGAAAGCUUCAUUCCAUAGGCAAUUCACUGGAGAGCUUCCCACUAGCCAUGGAUGUAGCUUUGCUCAAACCAUAUUCAAUGGAGUAAACGUAAUAGCCGGAGUUGGGCUUCUUUCCACGCCUUAUUCGGUGAAAGAAGCUGGCUGGGCAAGCUUGGUGGUGCUUGUUCUUUUUGCAAUUGUGUGUUACUAUACAGCUAUUCUUAUGAAAUACUGUUUUGAGAGCAAGGAAGACAUCUCAACCUUCGCAGAUAUGGGAGAAGCUGCUUUUGGAAAAUAUGGACGCAUUUUCACAUCUAUCAUUUUGUAUUCAGAACUAUAUACAUCUUGUGUGGAAUUUAUUAUUUUGGAAGGGGAUAAUCUGACAACGCUAUUCCCUGGAAUAUCCUUUGAUUGGUUUGGUUUUCAACUUGACUCCAUGCACUUCUUUGGAAUUGUCACAGUCCUCAUCACUCUACCAACUGUUUGUUUGAGGGAUCUGCGAUUGAUCUCUUACCUUUCAGCUGGUGGGGUCAUUGCCACCAUUGUCGUAGUUCUUUGUCUUGUUGUUCUUGGUACAGUAGAUGGAAUUGGAUUUCAUCAAACUGCUCCAGUGGUGAACUGGAAGGGCAUUCCUUUUGCGAUUGGUGUGUAUGGGUAUUGCUAUUCAGGGCAUUGUGUGUUCCCAAAUAUUUACCAAUCAAUGGCAGAUAAAACUAAAUUCACUAAGGCAUUGGCAAUAUGUUUUGUUUUGUGCGUCAUAAUAUACGGGGCCGCUGCGAUCAUGGGAUUCCUCAUGUUUGGUCAAGGCACAUUGUCCCAGAUAACCUUAAAUAUGCCAGCACAUGCAGUUGCUUCCAAAGUUGCAUUGUGGACUACACCAAAUGCUACAACAGAAACAAGAAAUGCUGCAUGGGAGUAUGUAUCCAGUAUACACCCCAAGGUGGAAAACAUUCAAAGGCACUCGAUUGUCGAUACCGAGUGUCACUGCCUGGACACUGCAACUUCAGCUGCUGUCCCAUCUGCCAAUUAUACUUACUACACACAUCAGCAUCUUUUCACUAAACAGAGGCAUUUUUUCUCUAAUGCAAAAGCAGUUAUAAUCCCGGCCUCAUGUUUUCUGAAGAUUCUGGGAAAGAAAGCAACGACAAUGCAGGUUGUUCUGAGUAUUGCAAUUGUUGUGUUGGGCAUAGUCAGUGCUGUCUUGGGAACGUACUCUUCGGUGUCAGAGAUUUUGAAGCAGUACUAA